AUGCCCGUGCCGAUUCCCAAGGCGACGCGCUUGCGCGUGUUGGUCACUGGUGGCGCUGGUUUCGUCGGCUCGCACCUCGUCGACCGACUCAUGGAGCGCGGAAACAUCGUCAUCGUCGCCGACAACUUCUUCACCGGUCGCAAAGAAAAUAUCAUGCACCACUUGCAAAACCCCUUCUUUGAGCUCAUUCGACACGACGUCGUCGAGCCCAUGCUCGUCGAGGUGGAUCAAAUAUAUCACCUCGCGUGCCCGGCGUCUCCGGUGCACUACAAGCACAAUCCCGUGAAAACGAUCAAGACUUCGGUUAUGGGAACGCUCAACAUGCUUGGUUUGGCUAAGCGCGUGGGCGCACGAAUGCUCUUGACGUCCACAUCUGAGGUUUACGGUGAUCCUUUGGAGCACCCGCAAAAGGAAUCCUACUGGGGCAACGUCAACCCGAUCGGCGUGCGUUCGUGCUACGACGAAGGCAAGCGCGUGGCGGAGACGCUUUGCUUUGAUUACCACCGCCAAGAGGGUGUGGACAUCAGAAUCGCGCGUAUCUUCAACACCUACGGUCCGCGCAUGGCGCUCGAAGACGGACGCGUCGUUUCGAACUUCGUCUCCCAAGCUUUACGCGGCGAGCCGCUCACCGUGUACGGCGACGGCAAACAAACUCGCUCGUUUCAAUACGUCGACGACUUGGUCGCGGGCUUGAUGGCGCUCAUGGAUAACGAAAACGAAAUCGGUCCGGUGAACAUUGGGAAUCCCGGCGAGUUCACCAUGAUCGAGCUCGCGGAAGUCGUCAAGGAAGUCGUGAACAAGGAUGCGAAAAUCGAAUUCAAGGAAAACACGGCGGAUGAUCCCGGGCGCCGCAAGCCGGACAUCACGCUCGCCAAAACGGCGCUCGGAUGGGAGCCGAAAAUCACGUUGCGCGAAGGUUUGCCGAAGAUGGUGGAAGAUUUCCGCGAGCGCUUGCAGGUGGGUGACAAGAAAGAACUCUAA